AUGGCAAAGCGGAGUUCACUGGUCAUUGAGCCAAGCAGGAGAGGGGAGGGUUGCUUGUUACCGUGGGGAAAACAUUGUGGAGAGAGGCACGGUGGUCACGUUGUGGUCUUCCCAUCCCGCGCCUAUUUAAGGGCACGCUCCGGCCACCCGCACGCCCACCUCAUCACUUGCCCAGAAGUUCCCUUCCCACCGGAUGCUCUCCGCUCCCUCUCUCCCCGCUCCGCUCUCAGGCUCCCCAGUCCAGUCCCCGACCGCCCCGGAGCAGCCUCCCGUCGCAGCGCAGCCGGGCGUCCAUGGCAAGGUUUGGCUUCCCUUCAGUAUUGCUGCCUGCUAGUAUGUGAUGGUGCAGGUACGUGCGCUCUGAUUGCGGCUUGGCAGUCCCUGUCAUUGAUUAUUAAUGGCAAGAUAAUUGCUGCGAUGAUUAGAAACUCAAGUAUAGAAAUCAAGGAAUUGAUUGCAACAACAUGGAAGGAGUGCGCAAGUUGCGAAUAUCACAUGCACAAUGACGAUGUUUCAUCACAGUGGCCAGGACUCCCUGUUGGUGUUAAGUUUGAUCCAACUGAUCAGGAACUGCUCAGACACUUGGAAGGAAAGGUUGGGAGGGCAGCAUCUCAUGUACUAAUAGAUAAUUUUAUUCCAACGAUAAAGGAGGAGGAAGGAAUCUGCUAUACACAUCCCGAAAAUCUCCCUGGUAUCAAGAUGGAUGGGAGCAGCAGCCAUUUCUUCCACAAAAUAUCAAAUGCUUAUGAAGUUGGCAAGCGUAAGCGUCGCAAGAUCAGCAAUAGUAUUGCUAAUGAUUGUGAUGAGACGAUCACAUGGCACAAGACUGGAAAAUCUUCACGCAUCUUGGAUAAUGGCGUCAUAAAAGGCUGGAAGAAAAUACUGGUUCUUCACCAACACUGCAAUGGAGAGAAAGUUAAAACUAACUGGACGAUGCAUCAGUGUCACCUUGGGGCAGCGGCAGGUGAAAAGCACGGGGAGCUUGUUGUGUCGAGAGUCUUUUGGCGGGUUAAAAACAACACUGGCAAGUCGCAGAUGCAUGCUGCUGAUGCCGAAUCCGGUUCAUCUGCUGUGAAAAUCAAUCCUACAACACCAAAUAUGUACCCUCCACUGCCUCGUCACCUAAGCUGUAGCCCAUUGGAAACGGAGCGGAAUCAGAAUGAGGAAGAGCCCGGCUCAUCUGCUGUUCAGGGCUAUGCGGCACUGCCUCCACUGUGCAACGCCGACAUCCAUGAGAAUUCGACGCCUCUCAACUUGGAUUCUACGUUCGGCGGAUUCACUGACUUCGAUUCUAUCUUGUUGUCAACGCUUCCUGAGUUUCCCAAUCUCAUUGAUAGCUUUGACUAG